UCUGACCUGAAAUUUCCAGAUUUAACCCAAUUAAUAUUAUUUUACACUAUUAUUUCUCCUAUAAGUAAACAGAGUAACUUAUAACGAGCGUCUGUGUUGUUGAAAUAGAGCUGUUCGGGAAUCUGCCACCCUGAUGCUCAUCAUUAUCACUAUAGUGUUGACUGACUAGUUUUCUGAGCUGUAGUUAAUGCUCAGACUGUGUGCUUCUAAAUGUUCACUAUGCCUCAGUCUGCUCUGGCUGCGUUUUAUUUCUCUCUGUUCCUCGCAGAAGCCGUUCCUCCAGCAGAUAUUAAGCGCAGCGGCUGUAUUAAAGUCAACCAGUGUAAGUGUCUGAUGCUGGACGGCUCCGGCCUCAUAGAUCUAGGCUCGGUGGCAGACGAGGACGGUUUUUUACUGCGUUUUACACCUCUGCCGUCAGAAACAGGAGACGCUGAUGUGCUGCUUUCUUUAAGUCCGUGUUUGUCUUUCUCACAGCCUGAGGAUUUCACCGCCACCGAAUGCACUGAUGUGGCUGCUUGUGUUAUCACAAAGACUCAUCAGGACAACAGGCUCAUAGAUCAGUACUUGAACUACGGCAGACACGAGGGCAGUAAAUUCAGCUAUAAUGACACAACGAAGACGCUUUCUGUGACUUAUUUCUUGUCUCCAGAGCUCCAGCCUCAGACUGUGGUUCAUUACCGCUGCGGCCCGAAUCGCUUAAUCUCCUCCAGCUGGAGUGUGGGUUCGGAUUCAGGUUCAAGUCUGCCGCUGCAGAUGUGGGUGGAGAGUCCGUGUGCGUGUCCGAGCGCCUGCGCACUGGUGGAUGUGGGUCCGGGAACGAUCAUCCUCAUCAUCCUCUGCCUCACCGGGACAGCGUACUUCAUCACAGGAUCGUGUGCACUUCGGCCCUUCAGGAGCAGUAAUGGUGUCCUGAUGGCCCCUGAGGACAGUGUGUGGUGUAUGAUCUGCCAUCGCCUCAGCGAGGGCCCCGGGGCUGCCAGCUGCUCACUGAGAGACCCACUGUGAGAAACACACAACACUGGGAAGACAACAGGCUGAUUAAUGAGACAUGAUCGGUGACGAUAAGAGCCUGUCCACACAAACACACCCUUUUUUCUACACAAUUUGGCUGUUUGUCCACACAAAAAUAGUGUCAGGUGAUUAAAACCAGUAAUUUCUAAAAACUCCAGCCAGGGGGAAGAUUUUCUGAAGCUCUGGGUAUACUGUGGGUUGUGUGAACACAUACACAAGGAUACUAUGUGAGUUUUCGCCUCAUGAUGUCAGCAUGUGUGAGGUUUUCUUCUUUCUGAUUGGCCGACACGGCUGGGUUCACACUAAACACUCAAGAUGAAGCAAAAUUCUGCACAUCUUGCAUAUUUCAUGUCGUUCAACCGACUUGUAUGCAGUUUACUUGUGCAAAUACUUCAUAGACAUAAGCCCCUUUCACACAUACAGACCUUUCCGAAAAAUUACUGGCAAUUUACCGGAAAGGUGUGUAUGUGUGAACAGGCCCUUUUUGAAAAUACCGGUAAUUUCGU